AUGUUUCUCCUCGUCGGUUUUAUCUUGACUGUAGUUGGUAGUGUAUGUUCGUUAGAGCGAAGUCUAACGCGAAUCGUUGGGCCGAUAUUUUUGGGAAUCGGCUUAGUGUUGUUGAUUUCAACCGUGGAGUAUACUCGCACCCGCCCAAGAAACAACAAUGCCGGACAAGGUAUAGCCGAACCGACUAGUCAAAUAGGAUCAACAACUCAAGUAGAAAUGGACAAUGUGACGACCACCACUCAAUAUCCUAGCCCUCAUGGCUUUCAACAGACGUACGGGCAAACACCCGAGUAUCCCUGGGGAACAGGACCGUAUCCGCCGCCACCCGCUGGAACUUUGUGUCAUCCGACGGGACCAGCUUAUCCUUCGUCCAGUCGGUACCCUUAUAAUUCUUCACAGAAUGGUCAGCCAGCAUACCCAACAGAGAUACCCCCACCCCCAUCGUAUGAAAGCGUUGUUGGCCAAAGUGACUCUGCUCAGAGUGCCCACACGAAGACGCAAGUUUAUUGA